UGCGACCCGGAGCCCAGCGCGCCCCCGGCCCGUGUGUCCCGCAGCCGCCGCCGGUCCCGUGCCGUGCCGUGCCUUGCCGUGCCGUGCCGCCCGGCCAUGCGAGCCCCGGCCCCGCUGGCGCUGGGUUGCGUCAGCUUCGCGCUGUGCCUGCUGGAGCUGCCCCACGGCCGGGGCCUGCCGCCGCGCAGGGCCCCCCCGGCGCGGAGCCCCCCGGAGCGGAUCCCCGGAGCCCCCCCGGCCCCGCCGCCCUUCGGGACCCCGCGGCACCGAGCUCCGGUUCCCCGGCACGGCCCGUGGGCCGCCCCCCGGCCCCCGCCCUGGCACGUCCGGCGCCUCAUCCUGCGGCACGACCCCCGGAGGGACCCCCGGGCGGGCCGGGGCCGGCGCCACGCCGGGGGGCACCUGGCGCGGGUGGGCUGCGUGCUGGGCACCUGCCAGCUGCAGAACCUGAGCCACCGCCUGUGGCAGCUGCGGGGACAGUGGGGCCGCCGCGACUCGUCCCCCAUGAACCCCAACAGCCCCCACAGCUACGGCUGAGCGGGGGGCGCGGGACCCCCGCAGCACCGGCACGGCGCCUCCGCGCCCCGGGGGGCUCCGGGGGGCUCCGGGCGGCCCCGGAAGGAGCAGCGGGCACGGACAGGACAGGAGCGGGCAGCGGUGGCCCGUGGUGACACAGCGCGGGCCGUGGUGGCCCGCAGAGACUGGCGGUGGCCCGGAGCGGCUCACGGUGACCGGAGCUGGCCCGCAGUGACUCUUGGUGGCUCGCAGUGGCCCCUGGUGGCCGGUGGUGGCCCGUGGUGACCCGGGGUGGCGGCAGUGGGUCCAAGGGCCACCGGGAAUCCCGCUGACCGCAGCAGCACCGGCGCCUUGUGCAAGACCCCCCGGCCGCGUCCUGCUGACUCAGAACUGCCGUGGUGCCGCGGCACCCCCGGAGCCCCCCGGGCACCUCCGGAGCCCCCCAGGGCACCCCAGUCCUUCCCCGGGUGACACCGGGGCUGGGGACCCUGCAAGGACAGGACACGGGGACCCCGCUCCGGGCCGGGGGCGGGGCAGCCCCAGCACCUUCCCCACGCUUGGGGGUCCCGGCUGGGGCUGGCACUUCCCGGUGCCGGGGGGUCCUGCCCUCCUCGUCAACACUGUCCCCGCCCCUGGCACCUUGUCCCCAGCCUGUCACCCACACCCGGCAGGAGCUGGCCGCAGGGAGGUGUCCCCAAAUGCGGGGGCAGUGGGAAGGUUGGGGUCUGUGCCCCACUGCUGCCCUGUCCCGGCCCUGUCCCCACUGCUGGCCCUGUCCUGUCCCCUGCUGCACCCUCGGGACACACCCACGCUGUGUCCCACAGGCUCAGGGGGUGCCCACACGGGCUGGGGGCACGAGGGGACACGUGUGACAUCCCUGACACGAGGGGACACCUGUGACAUCCCUGACACCCCGGCGUGCCGCUGUCACCCCCCAGGGCUGUCACCUGCCAGGGCCAUCAGCCCAUGGCGCCGGGGGACAGGGAUGUGUGACCCCAGGCCACCGUCCCACCCCUCCUGGGAGCAGCUUGAGCAGCCCGCCAAGAGCAGCAGCCCCAAUCCCCCCAGAGCAGCCCUGUUCUCCCAGGAGCACCCCGUUCCCAGAGCACCCCGUUCCCAGAGCACCCCGUUCCCAGAACACCCCGUUCCCAGAACACCCCGUUCCUGGGAGCACCCAGCCCCCAGAGCACCCCCGUCCUCUGGGAGCUCCCCAGCCCCCAUUCCCCAGAGCACCCGGGUGUCCCAGGAGGUUUAGGGACAGGAUGUGCCCUGGGUGCCACCCGAACAGGGCUGUCCCCUGGGUGUCCGUCCCCUGGGUGUCCCAGUUUCAGCACAGGAAGUCCCAGGAAUGUCUCAAGGUGUCCCCUGGGUGUCCCAGGACGUUUGGGGUGGGAUCCCAUGGGUGCCACCCGGAGCCGUGUCCACCCCAUGGACCUCCCAUACCCUGUGGAGCUGCCGAGGGGCGCGGGGGUCCCGGGGGUCCCCAGGCCUUGUCCCCUCCCCUGGGUGCCCCGCUGAGCCGGGGGGGUGCCCGGCCCAUCCUGGCCCAGGUCGCUGCUUCCCGGGAAUCCUGGUUUGUGUGGAAUAAACAGAGCA